CUUCUCCCCGCCAAAAAAACGCGUUUCGUCAACCUUGCAUCUUCUAUCUUUAGCUUCAAUCCCACAAGGCGAAGAGCCACGACACAACAUUACUUCAUUAUUUCAACUUGGAUAUUCUCUGAUAUACGCAAUGUGAUAUCUUUACGCUUACUUCGUUCCGACAAUCGAUAACUCACGAUGGAAACGGAAUCUAAACCGUCCGAUAUGGGGACUCCCUUGUCUUCCAUAUUAUCUAGCCUCAGCGACAGCGACAGUGACGCUGAAGUUCCGAAGACUAGUGGCCCCAACAACGACACCGAUAGCCAGAAAAACAAUGAAGACACGGUAGAAUGGCUUGCUAUAACUCGAAAGCGUCGUUCGACCGCCGGCAAUCGAAUGAAGUCGAUGCUCGCCAACGAGGAACCGGAUUCAGAUCUCGAACUACUUUUCGCCGAAGAUGAGAACGACCAGGGCUUCUCCGAUGCUGAAGAGAACUGUUCGGAUGUCCAGAUGGACUCUUCAGACGACGAAGACGAAAACGACAAUAAUGAGGAUGACCUCGAGGGCGAGAAGGAAUUGGAAAAGCAGGCCAAGGAACGUCGCGCUGCUCAGCGCAAGCGAAAGGCGCAAGAAGCUAUCCCUGCCAAAUUCCGCAAGAAAGUCCGCAUCGACCCUACGACGAGAACGCCUGCACCUGCGAAGCCCGCGCCACGACCUAAGAAGAAAUCUGAGCGCACUUCAUGGCUGCCGUCUGCCGCGGACCUACCGACACGAGCCUCUUCCCGCCAAACGACUCGACUCUCCAAGGAGCAGCUACAUCAACAGAUGGUGGAGCGAGAGGCGCGCCGGAUAAAACAGCUGGCUCAAAUGCAGAAGAAAGCUGCUAAGCUGGAGGCGAUGAAGAAACCACCCAUGACUCAGGAGGAGCGGUUACGAGAGGCAGCCAUUGUUGAGAAGCGCAAUAGCAAGAGUUUGAAUCGCUGGGAGGAGGCUGAGAAACAGCGUGAGGAAGAGCGCCGAGCGAAAUUGGCGGCACUUCAUAACAGAACGUUGAAGGGGCCUGUUAUUACAUUUUGGAGCGGGAUUGGUGAGUGGAUGGGAAGGCAUAUGGUGAUUGAGGAGCCUGCCAAGGAGAAGAGGAAGAGAGGCGAGAAGGCAAAGGGUAAGGAUAAAGACAAAGACAAAGAGAAGGAGAAGGAGAAGGCUGGUUCAACAGAAGACAAGAAGGAGGUCGGUCAAAAUGGCACGCCAGCUGCGAAUGGUGAUAUUGCAAACGCCAACGCCAAAGAGGGAUCACAACCUUCGCAAGACAAACCACCAAGCACAGCGUCAGCAGAGCCUACAGCAGCCUCUGGUUCCAAAGACACGAAACCCACUACUCCUACAAAGCCUCUUGAAGAUAUCACGAAACCCACAUAUGCACCUUCAACUCCAGAGAUUAGUGGUGCCCCUCCAACGGUUCCCAAGACUGAAGACAUCCCUCCUCCGUUGACUAUGCCACCACCUCCUCAACCGCCGCCCACACCUCCAAGCCCUCCUCGAUCUCAGGAUCCUCCACCAAAUGGUCUCGCUGCACCACCCCCGCCUCCACCGACGCCUACGCCUGCUGGGUCAGCAUCAAGGACAAACUCUUUCGUGGCUCCUCCAUCAGGACUAUCUCGCCCACCAGAUUCUAAACCGUCUGGCGUGCUAGCAGCGCCCAUACUUGCUCCUCCUCCAGGUAUUGGCAUCAAUGGAAAUGCACCCCCUAUGAUGGGCUUCGGCAAUCCCAAAUCCAAUGUCCUAGCACCACCAAAUACGUCUCAAGGGGUGAUGCCCCCUACACUCACUGCUACUGCUCCUCUUCAUAAUACUCCUCCGUCAACUAUAUCACCCCCUCCAUCAAAGCCUUCCACAGAAGUUACACCCAUAUCUUCUACAACAAAUAUUCAACCCAAAACUAUCACACCCGCUCUCCGUACCAGGUCGACCAGCCCCGACACUCCCGCUGUACCCCAAGCCCCUGACUCCCAAGCUCAAGCUCAACCUCCUCAGCCCUCAACCGGAGCCCGCAAUGCCAUCGUCUUCCAAAACUUUGACGACAACGCCCUCAAGGAUCGAAGCAUUCAAACGCAGAUCAUCUUUGGCCGCAAGAUGAAUAAGCUUUCCAAACCUUCUCCUGCGCCUCUUUGCGUAAUCACAAACCAUCCCGCUCGGUAUCGGGAUCCGCGUACCGGUCUUCCUUAUUACAAUGCCUACGCGUAUCGGGAGAUCCAACGCCUUACCCGGGGCGAGUACCGAUGGAGCCACAUCCUUGGUGCUUGGGUCGGUAGCGGAACAUAUGCUGCACGAGGUGUCCCUGAACGCUUCCUGAACCCUGACAAGAAGGGGCCUGAGAAGAAAUCUACGCCUGACGAGGCCCUCAAGGCCAAGGAUGCUCUCAAGGCCCCGGAUCAAGCCCAGGACCCGCAAACAAAAACCCCUGACGUUCCGUCGGGUAUCCCGACUACGGGGGACAAGAUGACUGGGGUCGAGCAAGGGGCUUCCACACCACCAAACUCUGAGCCUAAUCAGACAGUACAACCCAAGAUGGCGCAACCGGCAGUCACUCAGCCUACAAAGGCUACGAAUAUAACGGCCGCAUCACCAGAAGCGCCAAAUAUUACUCCUGCUUCUGAGCCAAAAGCUCAAGCUACGACAAACCUUCAAUCAACUACCGCAUGAAAGCCCCCGGUGCCGCUUCAGACAGCUCAUGGACCACUAUUAUAUUACUUUUGCUGCAUACCUUAGAUACAGAGCUUUUGAAUGGCAGGAAUUGGCAUGAUAAUACGACCGCAACUACAAUAUGUACCACUAUGUAUGAAUACAAAUCAUUUUGAAAGCACAAAAGCACGGUUGAGAUUAUUCAUCAUUUGACGCGGUAACAGAAGUGUGUAACUGGUAAAACCAGUGUUGUAUGUUGGUUAUAAUUGUGCCUUUAUCUCAUCUAUCAAGAUUGUGCCACCUG